AUGUGGAUUACCAAACAUCUGGCUGUGGCUACUGCCACAGCCAUUCUCUCUGUCUUUACAGCCGCCCACGCCCAGCGACCCAUGGAGAAUCUCGGCCGCGGCGUCGUGGCAAUCCGCUCCGCAGACGACGCGGCCUUUAUCAGCUGGAGAGUGCUAGGUCUGGAUCCAGAGGAUAUCGGCUUCAACCUGUACCGCACCACAGGCGACGGGAAUGCGGAGCUCCUGAACUCGGAUGUGCUCACUGGCGGUUCCAACUACGAGGACUCUUCCGCGGAUUUGACUCAGGAUAACACGUACUACGUGACUACUGUUGUGGAUGGAGAGGAGAGCGAUGCGAGUGAAAGCUGGACACUUAAAGCCGACGCCGAAACCGGCCCGUAUUUCCGCAUUCCGAUCGAAUCUGGCGGGGCUAUUCGAUAUAUCUGGGUUGGGGAUCUGGACGGGGAUGGCGAGUAUGACUUUGUCGUUGACCGGCAGGAGACGCCGCAGCGGCUGGAGGCGUACCGGCGCGAUGGAAAGCGGUUGUGGGAAGUGAAUCUGGGUCCGAAUAGUGAGAAUCAGGACAAUAUUGAGCCCGGGUCCUCGGCCAUUGAUUUGGGGCACACAGAUGGCGUCACGGUUUAUGACUUUGAUGGCGAUGGCUACGCAGAGGUUGCGCUGCGCAUUUCCAACGGCGUAGUCUUUGGUGAUGGCAAGACGUUCGAGUAUGACGAUGAUGAUCACCAGUUUGUUGCCUUUCUUGAUGGGCAGACUGGGGCUCUGCGCGCGACUGGGGAGGUGCCGGAUGAUUAUAUUGAAGACGGGCCUAUGGCUGUGCGCUUUGGUGUUGGGUAUCUUGACGGAGAGCGCCCGCAUCUCGUUGCCUAUAUGAAGAACCGGAAGGAUAGUGGUGAGUUCAACCUCAUCGAAGCGGCGUAUACGUUUGAUGGCAGCUCUGUGGAUCUGGCAUGGGCCUGGAAUCGCGAUGACCAGGACGCCCCGGACGGCCACAAUACCCGGAUCAUCGACGUGGAUGGCGACGGGGUGGACGAGGUCGCUGAAAUCGGAUUCAUGCUGAACGGCGAUGGCACUCUGCGAUAUUCCCUCGGUCCAGCUGGGGUUGUCCAUGGUGAUCGGUGGCACAUUGCGAAGAUUGACCCCAGCCGUGAUGGCCUCCAGGGGUACGGCGUGCAGCAGGAUAACCCAUCGUUGCUGUACGAGUACUACUAUGAUGCCACCAACGGCACCAUCAUCUGGGAGCACGAUGGCGCGGAAGAAGGCGACAACGGCCGUGGAAUGGCCGCCGACAUUGACCCGAACUACGACGGCAUGGAGACCUGGUCGUUCCUCGGCCUCUACAACGCCGCGUCGGAUGAACUGACCCAGGAUGAGGACGCGUAUCCGUAUCCCCAGCUCAGUGUAUGGUGGGACGGCGACGAGCUGCGCGAGCUCAUCAACGACGGAAACAUCAACAAGUGGGACUAUGAGGCUGGCUCUAUUAAGCGCCUCGUUACAACGUAUCGUUACGACGCAGCUACAGCGGACGGUGAUCCCAUGUUCCAGGGCGAUAUCCUGGGCGACUGGCGCGAGGAGCUGGUCUUUACCAACGGCGACUAUAGCGAGUUGUUUAUUUUCACCACCGACCAGCCGUCCGAUAUACGGUUGUACACGUUGAUGCAUAAUCCGGCUUAUCGAAACGGGGUGACCCUCAAGGGCUAUGUUCAGGAUAGCCAUGUCGAUUACUUCUUGGGAGCAGGCAUGGAGACGCCUGAGGCUCCUAAUAUCACCUAUGUCGGGGCGUAG